CUCAGCCCCGGGCUGCGGGAGCGGGACACCGCGGCGGCGGCUGCAGGACGAGCCCAGGGGGGGAAAUACCGCCCCUGCCCCGCGCUCUGCCUCCGCCCAGCGUCGCACCCCCCCCACACACCCCCCCGGGACCCGUGAGGACUCGCCUCGGUAACGUGUCACGAUGUCUGACCGGAAGGCAGUGAUCAAGAACGCAGACAUGUCUGAGGACAUGCAACAAGAUGCUGUUGACUGCGCCACACAGGCCAUGGAGAAGUACAACAUAGAGAAGGACAUUGCUGCCUAUAUCAAGAAGGAAUUUGACAAGAAAUAUAAUCCUACCUGGCAUUGUAUCGUGGGCCGAAAUUUUGGCAGCUAUGUCACACACGAGACAAAGCACUUCAUCUAUUUUUACUUGGGUCAAGUUGCAAUCCUCCUCUUCAAGUCAGGCUAGGUGGCCACGGUGAAGGUGUCAGUGGCGGCGGCAGCGAUGGCAAGCAGGCGGCGUUGCUGGGACUGUUUUGCACUGGGGCCAGCAUCGGGAUGUCCUCUCCAAUGGCUGUGCUACUGCAUGGACUCUACACUCGAUUUCAUGUGUGUCGCAGUAAACAAAACCAAACUUC